AGAUCACCUUCUCUCCACAUCCACAACCCAACCAUAAUCCUACCUCGUCCCUUUCCCCUGGAGGUGAUCAAGUUGUCCAUUUUCAACGGACAUCUGGGAUUGUGACUACGACAUAAGCCAAUUGGCUCUCACACAGCCAUCCCUCAUACUUCAACCCAUCUCAUCUCUCAUCCCGCAACGUCGCCCGUUUCCCUCCACCAUGGCCCAGAAAGCAGCCAAAACCCUAGCAACCCGCAACGCCGCCACCCUCACCCGCACCCACCUAAUCACCUUAACCCUCCACCUCCUCUACCUCAUCCUCCACUUUACAUUCCAGCGUCCCCGCUCGCUAAAACCCUACAUCCUCCUCGCCGUUCCAACCCUGCUCAUCGAAUUCUACCUCGACCGCGUGGGUCGGCCCCGCUUCAACGAGGAUGGCUCGCUGCGCUCUGCGGGCGAGGAUCUCAACGCUACCGGGCUGACCGAGUAUAUGUGGGACGUGCUGUACUGGACGGAGGGGUGCAUUGUUGCUGUGUGUAUCUUUAAUGAUCGGGCUUGGUGGUUGUGGGCUGUUGUGCCGCUGUACUCGGUUUAUCUUGCGUAUACGACUGUUAUGGGUGUGAAGAAGGGCUUUGCGGGGAUGGGUGCGGGUGCGGAGGGGGUGAGUCGAAUGCGCCGUUGA